GGACCGCAGGUUGUCAUGACAUCACCGUGGGGCUGGCUAUAAAGCGGUGAGGACUGAUGCUGAGACUUAGAAGAGCAGCUGAGGAGUCUUGGAGUGAAGGACGCACUCAAUCCCAUGUGUAACAGCUGACUGGCUGAAGCUGCAGUCCAUCUUUCUGAGGCGCGGAGGAAUCCCUAGAAGAGUGCGAGACUUGACAAUAUGAACUUGUCCUACGUGGUUGCUUGUGGACUUUUGGUCACCCUGCUUUCAGAAAGGAUGGGAGCAAAGCCUUUAACUCAAGCGCAGCAGAAGUCGCUCAGAAGUUUGCUGGGUGAGGAGCUGGCGGAGUUUCUGGAGUCGGAGGAGAGGGAGAGGCGGGUGGACGCCGUGCGCUCUCGGAUGCGGUUACUGCGGGAUUUACGCAUGGAUACCCGGGCCAGGGGGAUGUGGGCUCGUUUCCUCAACGACCAGUCCGCCACCAGGAGGCACAAGUCGGGAAGCAAGAAAGGGGGCUCCUCGUCGCGGAGUGGCUGCUUCGGACACAAGAUGGACAGGAUAGGAACCAUCAGCGGGAUGGGCUGCUAAAGGCUGGGGGCGACGCAGUGAUGAUUGCUGGACGAUGGGUUUGGACAACACAAGCUGAAUGUAUUGUCCCCUGAGGAAAAAGUGAAAACGAAUUUUGGUACAAAGGUGACCACGACCAGCAUUAACAAAAGACUGAGAUGCUACAAAAUCCUCAUAAAUAUACAUAGUAAUUAUGCAGGUGAUACAUAUAUACCACGCAGAACGGUCUACAGAAAGAAGCCGAUGCAUUCUACAACAUCGUGGACUAUGGAGUAAAAAAACAACAAAAAAAAAAAAAACGACAAACCGCAAAGCUGUACAUUGAUGCUGCUGCUGUACACUCAAGUACAUCAUCUUCCCCUGCAUAAAUGUAUUUAUGUUUAAAAAAUAUUUAUAUGUUUAUAAAAAGAGAUAUUUAUAAAAAUGACUUUUAUUUAUGUAACAUUUUGAAAAUGGAUGCAGACUGCAGAUGGAUUCUGUUAUCUUUUUUUUAUUUUUUUGUCUUACACAGAUGUGUUUAAAAAAUGAUAUAAAGAACCUCUAUGUGCACUUACAUGCCAUGUCCUGGGGGUCUGUGUUUCAUUGAAGUUGAUCAAUUUAAGUCACUGAACAUUUUCUGGACAUGUUGGGUGAAUUU